CCCCACCCUUUCCACUUUUUCCCCGGCCGACAAAGUUGCCAAAGCCCGGAAGCGGCCGAAGGAAACAAACUUUACCAACAUCGCGGCCGGGAGGAGGGGGGCGCCCGCAGGAUAAAAGGAAACCCCUCCCCUCCAGGUGGAACUUCCAGCGCCCAGGGCAGCCGGCGGACUCCGGGAAGAGGCGAUCGCAAGCCGGGGAUGGGCCGUUGAAAGGGAGAAGCGCCGAGGAGGAGGAGGAGAAGGAGGAGGCGGCAACCAGCCAGGCCACCCGGCCGGGAGAAAAAUCCCCCGGAGACCCCUCGAAGAGAGAGACGAGCCUUCCUUCCUUCCUUCCAAUCCGGAGGGCCAUGGGGACCCGAAAGCCCCUCCGGGCCAAAACGAGGGGUCUCCCCUACGUCGUUCUGUUGGGGCUCCUGCUGGGUAUCAUUCAGGCUGUGGAAAGUAACUCCUCACGUACAGCUGUUUGUCCAGGUUAUCCCGAUGUCCGAAGAGAACCGCAAGGCCAAAUCCAUAGCCCUUCGGUCCAUGUGACGACUUCCAGCAGCUGUUCCUGGGUGAUCGUGGGUGGCCCGGACGAUAUCAUCUACAUUGGGUUCCAGCACUUCAUCCUUUCCUGUGGGUCAGAAAUGCUGAUAAUCCGUGCGCCCAAUCAGCUGUCCAGGAAAUUGUGCGGUUACACAGUGCCGGAAUCGAUUCGCAUAAAGGGUGGCAAUGUGACGCUGACUUACAGUUGGAAAUUUUGGGCAAGGAACAGAUUUCUGCUGAAAUACGAAAGAGAACCUAAAACACAGCCUAUUGUGUCAUGCAACCGCACCUUGGACGACUUCUACGGGGUGAUUUAUUCCCCCGCCUUCAACUCGGAUUCACAACUGGGCGCUGCACAUUGCCAGUGGGUUCUGGAUGCCCAUGAUAGCCGUCCCCUCAUCCUUCGCUUCACGGUCCUUAACUUAGAUAUUGGAGACUCCAUCCGAGUGUACGAUGGGGUACCCGGCACCCCGCUCCACCCUCACUUGCUGCGUAACUUGGAUUACACCAGCAACAACAAGAUUGUGCUGGUUGACUCCCCAUCAAGCCAGGCAUGGGUAGUGUACCAAGCAGUGCCAGGAACAGAAGGACGGGGUUUCAAUGCUACAUAUCACGUGCAAGGAUUUUGUGUGCCAUGGGACUUCCCCUGUGGAGGAGACAGCGGCAAGGGCGCUACAUGUUACAGCACUGCUGAGCGCUGUGAUGGGAACUGGGAUUGUGCCAAUGGCGCUGAUGAGGACGGUUGCCAUGGCUGCCCACCGGGGCAGUAUCCCUGUGGAGGACGAGGCAUUGGAGGUGCCGUCUGCUACAGUCCCGCCGAUCGUUGCAACUACCAAACGUUUUGUGCGGAUGCCGCUGAUGAACGCCAUUGUUACACCUGCCAGCCUGGGAACUUCCGGUGCAGAGACAGCCGCUGUAUCUACGAGAGCUGGGUGUGUGACGGGCAGGCGGACUGUGUCGAUACUUCGGACGAGGCGGAUUGCUCCUACAUCCUGCCCCGAAAGGUGGUGACAGCGGCCGUCAUCGGCAGCCUGGUGUGUGGUCUCCUUCUGGUCAUCGCACUGGGCUGCACAUGUCGUCUGUAUGCGCUCCGGAGCCAUGAAUUUGGAGUCUUAGCACCUAUGUCACGAAUGGAGGCCCAGCUGCUUCAGCGCCAGGCUCCACCAUCUUACGGGCAGCUCAUCGCUCGCGGGGUUAUUCCUCCAGUAGAAGGGUUCCCGGUUGAGCAUCCAAAUCAGAAUUCGGUCCUGGGGAAUUUGCGGUCCCUCCUGCAUCUCUUGCGACGGGACCCAGCCAGCCCUGCGGGAACCAAUGGGGCAUGUCGUCCCCAUCAAAGCCGCUUCGUACGACGUCUGACGAGGCGUAUGCGCCGAUUGGGGCUACUCCCUGCCCUGGCUUCCCCCGCCUCAUCUUCAACUACGGCUUCCACCGCCGCCCCUAACUCAUCUCCCGCGCCUGAUGACCUGGCCGAACCAUCCCAUUGGAACGGAAAUGUUUCUUCCCAGCUUCCAGAAGACCAAGCGCCGCUUCUUGCUGCCAAGGUCCCACCAGUUCCUGUGGAACCCACGCCGGCUCCUCACAUCCCGCGGCCUACUCCACGGUUUACGGGGGUCAUGCGCAGCCUCCGUGUCCGGCUUUUCUCCCCCACGCUCACCUGCUCCGCGGAGGCUGGAGAGGAACGGAGCAUGUUUCCAUCUCCUGAUGAUGAAGACGAAGUGCUUCUCGUCCCUCUCACUGACCCGCAACUUGAGAACUUCGAGAGCUGGAAUGGCGACGACGAACCUCUUCUGACUUGAGAAAUUGGGCUGGACGUGGCCUUGAGAAAAUCUGUCACCAGCGACCGGAUAGUCAAGUCUAUUUUUCUUUCCUGCAGAUCUUUCCAUGUUUCCCCACCCCCACCCCAAUUUAUUUCCCCACCCCACCCCCCCCAAAAAAAUUCCUCCUUUUUUGUCGGCGUUUUGGCCACCAGGAAUGGUUUCAUUUGGCCUUUGGAGUCCGCUCCCUUUUCGGAUCCACUGAGGGUUGCAGAAAUCUGAUGGAUCUUUUUCUUGGCUUCUUCAAUCUUAAUCUGUAGAGGGGAUUGUUCUCUUGUGAAAUUGCAAUUUGUGUUCUCAAAUUGCACAAUCAUUCUCGAGAGAACUUUUAGAUGUCUUUGACCCUGAACAGGGAGCUUGUGUUGAAAGUUAUCGAAGUAUAUGCGCUUGGCAUUUUAAAGAUCCUUCUUUAAAAAGGAGGAGGAAAGAAUAAAAUGCAUUUUUUGGAGAAACACUCCAGGUAUUUGCCUGGCUAAAAAAAAAAAAAAAAUGAAGGAAGCAAAGAUACAAUCCAGAAUAACCUUUAGCGGCACGAAGGCAGCUUCUCUAACAUGCAGUAAUUUGAUUUGACUUUUUUCCCCUUGGCGGCAAUUUGACCUUCCAAUUGUCCAUCGUGUAUCGCAACUGAAGAUUUAUUUUUGUGAAUUUAUGGAAAGCUGAAAAUUUCUCUCUAUACAUAUAUGUAAUAAUUCCACCGGAACUGUUUCUUUGCGAAUCACGUUUUACGGUGAAACUUUUUUACUAGCCAAUCGUUCUUUUUUUCUGUGUUCUGUGGAAGCGAAUCCUAGAUUUACACAAAAAAAAAAGUCAAAGAAAAAAAAAGAAAGAUGGAAAAUACCUGGAAUCUUUUGUUGAUAAAUCUUUUGUAAGUAAAUUAUUUUUUCAAAGCACAGCCAAUAGAAAGAAAGAAAUUUUGCACAUUGAAUGUCCAAACAGCUGUAAAUAAACUAGACUUUGUAUGAAGGAUAAAAGAAAACUUUUAAGAGCAGAAUUUAGCGGUAUUCAUUGUGGAUUGUGUCCUUUUCAACUUUAAAGAUGGGUGCUUUUCAACUUUAAAGUGCUUUUCAACUUUAAAGAUGGGUGGACUUCAGUUCCCAGAAUUCCCCCAGCCAGCAUGAAUUCUCGAAGUUGAAGUCCACCCAUCUUAAAAUUUCUGAGUUUGAGAAAAACUGCUUUAUAGUGACAAAUAUGAGGU